CUCCUUUCACAUCUGCAACCAGAGCCAGCCUGGGACCGUGCGGAGCGCGGCACGCUCUCCCCUUUCCAGCACCCUUAGCCGCGCACUUCUCUUAUGGGCGUCUGCUGGCGUCCGGUUAAGGUCGAACUGAAAGCGGCCGCGGGAGAUCAAACUUAAACACCUCUUUGGACUAUAUAACUCACAGAAAGGAGAGGGAGAGGGAGAGAAAGAGAGGAGGGACCGAGGAGAAACCAUCCAUCACGUCAUUGCAGGAUGUUCUGGAAGCUUUCCCUGUCCUUGUUCUUGGUGGCCGUGCUGGUGAAGGUGGCGGAAGCCCGGAAGAACCGCCCCGCGGGAGCCAUCCCCUCUCCCUACAAGGACGGCAGCAGCAACAACUCGGAGAGAUGGCAACACCAGAUCAAGGAGGUGCUGGCCUCCAGCCAGGAGGCCCUGGUGGUCACCGAGCGCAAGUACCUCAAGAGUGACUGGUGCAAGACGCAGCCGCUGCGGCAGACGGUGAGCGAGGAGGGCUGCCGCAGCCGCACCAUCCUCAACCGCUUCUGCUACGGCCAGUGCAACUCCUUCUACAUCCCGCGGCACGUGAAGAAGGAGGAGGAGUCCUUCCAGUCCUGCGCCUUCUGCAAGCCCCAGCGCGUCACCUCCGUCCUCGUGGAGCUCGAAUGCCCGGGGCUGGACCCACCCUUCCGACUCAAAAAAAUCCAGAAGGUGAAGCAGUGCCGUUGCAUGUCGGUGAACCUCAGCGACUCCGACAAGCAGUGAGCGCCCCCCGGGGCAGGACGCUGCUCAGCAUCGCGGGCGCCCCGGCCGCUGGGGUCGCGUCGCCGCCGCCUCUGUCCCUGUCCUCCGAGCUCACGCACACGCUGCCUGGUGUCCCCCCACCCCCCGCAGCAGCAAGCACGUCUCUUGGGGCUGACGGUUUCCUCUGUCACAAACGUGGACCGGAAGUGGAGCCUUGCGGAUGUGUUUUCCUGAUCCAGUCCCCGGGUUCCCGGGCCUUCGACCCCACCUCCGCCUCCAAAACCAGGCUAAUGAAUCAGGCCCGGAGGAAGAUGGUGGAAGACCACCGCCCACCACCCAGCAAUCGGAGAGGACCUUUCAGGUAAAUGCACUGUAAAUCCGGCAUUGAUGUUUCCACUAUGUGGAAAAGCAGGUAUUUCCCUGGCCUCACCCUACACUCCAGCUCGGCCUCUUCCCCCGUGAAGUGGGAACCUCAGACCUCUCCUGCUAGUCCCUGGACCUCUGCCUGGGAGCUGAGGGCUGCCUUCAGCCACUGCUGUGAUGCGGCUUUGGACACCGUCCAUAAGGAAGAGAUCUGUGGACAGGCAGGUUCUCCUAACAAACCUGAUACCAAGAAGACAACUUGAGCCACUUGGAUCAUGAAGUGGGCUUCUCUGGUACUUUGCUCACAGCAGGCCACAUGCUGCUCUCACCCCCGCCACCGACGCCUCUUCUUUCUCACUUUUCCCUCCCCGCGUCUUUGGACUAAAGGCGAACUCUGGUGUGCAUGCUAUUAUCGCUGCAAUUUGAAUAUUAUUACACGCAAAGGUCUCUAUAUAAACGCUGGUUUUAUAAUUAACCUAUUGUAAAAAGUAUUAUAGACCUUUUCAUGUAUUAUUUCACGUGUUUUGACUCUGGUUUGCAGUACCAUUCUGAGUAAGGACCAGAACCCGGGAUGAUCUACCCAGACGUGUUUUACUCAGAAAUAUUUCCUAGUCAGCAGUUCACUGUCAUGUAUCUACUCUUAGACUGAGCAGGGAGAUAGGAGGAGUUGUACUUUUACUUUGAAAAAUAUUUCACUGAAAGUACUAAAGCAUUGCAGCACAGUGUGGGAAGUGGUUGGGAUGGAUGGACGCAGGGAGAGGGAAGUAUGUAACCUGAGGUUCAAAGCCCCUAUGUUUAAUAUACAUAUGUGGAGUGAGAAAGGUACAUUAUUUUCACUGCCAUGACACUAAGCAAUAAAUAGUUCCCAUUAGAAGUACAAAAAAAAUUAAACAAUAUAAAGACUUGGGUCACUUUGUGGUACACAAAGAAGUAAAGGAUGAAAUAAAUGAAUAGCAAUCCAGUCAGUCUUUCAGAAGACACCUCACUUCUUUUUCAAAGACUGGACUUCAAAAAGAUGAGCAAAUGUUAGGUCAUUUUUCAUUUUUAUAAUGAAUUGUUGAGGUUUCCAUGUUAUGGUUCCUUGAUAUAAAAUUGACAUCAAUUCAUUUUCCUGCACAAUUAUACUUUCUUUGGAUCACUUUGCUAAAUUGCCCUCAUGAAGGCUUCCCUGUGAAGAGUGUUUAUGGAAUCUGAUAAAUGUGAAUGAGAUGCCCAUUGGUGGGAAUCAGCAUACUCUGAAAACCUUUCUCUGGUAAUUUCCAAGCACACAGUCUUCAAAUGCUCCUGCCAAGGUAUGUCAGAAAAGCCCAGUUCCCUACCACGUGAGAAAGACCCUCUAUAAGAUGCUGAGAACUGAGGCUUUCCGACACUAGGCACUGAUAGUGGAUCUCGAAACAUUUACAUGGAGAGCGAAGCUGUGGGUGGGGUGUGGGGCACUGGUGGACCCAUGUCCUGCCCCUGCCCAGCAGGUUUCAUUCCUAUCACUUCUGUAACACCAAGAGACUUGAGAAGAAUGUGGUAUUGUAAUGGGAUCUUAGCUUCAGAAAUAGGUAUAUACAGCUCUCAAUCAGGAGACAGAAACAAAUAUAAAUCCUUGAGGGCUGGAACCUAAGGAUUAAGAAAAACAAGUGGAGAGGGUUUUCAAGUUCAGAAUUGAUUUUUGCAUUUGGUGGAAAACCUCAAGUCAGACUCUGGCAGAACAGCAGCAGAAAAGCUGUGAAGGAAUUCCACAUGAUUGCAAUGGAGGUCAAUGGAGUGGAGUAGGAGGACAGUGGAGGGGAGUGUCUAGCUGCACUUCAAAACCAGCCCCUGUUAUUUUUAUUAGCUGCAGAAUCCACGCAGAUAGGGGAAGGGUUAAGCUAUGAACUCACAGAAUACAAACAUGAGCACACUCUCUUUGAGCCCAGUUGUGGAUGUAGCAAUGAAAGCAAUAUUAUAUGCUGCAGUGUGAAGCUCCUUCUGGGGGUUAUUGUAUGUACAAAGUUUACCUUCUAAUGGCUCAAAUUGUAUUUAAUUGUUUUUUGUUUAUAAAUGAAGAAAAGCUUUAAGUAUAUGUAAUUAUUUUAUAGGUGUACUAUUAAAUUAUAGAACAAAUAAAGAUACUCUAGGAUUA